CGUCCGUCAAUCAUUUAUUAUCAAAUCAAUCGCGGAGAAAUAGUGAAGUGGCCCAGGAUCGCCCGAGUCAAAAGAGAGGCUCAUCUGGACCAAAGACAACCUUGGUGGACCCCAGGAAAAAGGUGGACACCUCCUAGAAAAACCCGGAGAGAAGACAGAGAAAAAUCAGGACAAAAAGCAUCACCCGAAUAUCACCGAGAAUGCUAAGGAUGAGGAGAACUCCCCUCUUCGGAAGAGGGCCGUAUCGGGCCCCAGUGGGAGAAGUAACGCCCAAAACUCCUCCACGCACAGCGGAGUGGUGGGAGAUGGAGGUAAUGCUCCGCCAAGCUCGGAUCGAAACGGAUCGGUAUCGGACGUAUGGCCACCCUCCGGUCAGGAGCCCCCCCCCUGACGAGGACAUUGGAGACUCCCACGCACCAGACCCCCGAGACGUCGACCAGGGAAGACUCGGAGGAACUCUCCCUCCCCCCCUCGCCAGUUCCCUCAAUGGACAUCCCCACCCCUCGCUCACUCUCGGGGGUAGAGUAUGCUUGGGCAAUGCCAGAAAUGCCAGAAAAGGUGACGGUCACGUUGGACAAGCUCGGGGAAUGGCAUUAUGACGCGAUCUUCGUCACCACUGACUUGAUGGAGGUAGCCUUGAGAAGCGGGGGGCGGCUGCCAACGAACGACGGUGAUAUCUGGUUCCUCAAGGAUGAACGUGUGAAGAACAUCACGCUGGGGGAGAAUCAGGGGGUAGGACCAAAAGGCGUGAUAUGUGAAUUCUGCCCCACUUGAAAUACCUAUUAGCCUGGGUGAUGGAGGAGAUGAGGAUGCGCGAGGUAGGAGGGGAGGAGGAGCCGACAGCUGAAGUGUUCAGACGGACGGCGGGGUUAGUAGACAUGUACGACCCCGCUGAUAGGAUCAUCUUCCUCAUACCGACAAAGACAACGACGUCGGUGGAGUUGGGGGGCGAGAGUUACACAGUGUCGAUGACAAACCACAGAGGUGAGCCUCCUGCCAACGGAGUGCCUGUCCA